AUGUACAUCAAAGAAGUAUGUCUAGAAGGGUUCAAAUCCUACGCCACCAGGACGGUUGUGUCAGGAUUCGACCCGUUUUUCAACGCCAUAACCGGGCUGAACGGGUCGGGCAAGUCCAACAUACUGGACUCCAUCUGCUUCGUGUUGGGGAUUACUAAUUUGCAGCAAGUUAGGGCUUCCAAUUUGCAGGAGCUGGUCUACAAGCAAGGCCAAGCUGGGAUUACCAAAGCCACGGUCUCGAUUGUGUUUGACAAUUCAGAUCGGAGUCGGAGCCCUCUUGGGUAUGAGGAUUGCGCCGAAAUUACUGUUACUCGCCAGAUUGUGGUGGGUGGAAGGAACAAGUACUUGAUUAAUGGACACCUUGCACAGCCGAAUAGAGUACAGAACCUUUUUCAUUCAGUACAGCUGAAUGUCAACAACCCGCAUUUUCUGAUUAUGCAAGGUCGGAUCACAAAAGUUCUAAAUAUGAAGCCUCCGGAGAUACUGUCCAUGCUUGAAGAGGCUGCAGGGACAAGAAUGUACGAGACAAAGAAAGAAGCUGCCUUGAAAACCCUUGAGAAAAAGCAAAGCAAAGUGGAUGAAAUUGACAAGCUUCUUGAUCAGGAAAUUCUUCCUGCUCUUGAGAAAUUAAGGAAAGAGAGGAUGCAGUAUAGGCAGUGGGCUGAUGGGAGUGCUGAACUUGAUAGAUUGAGGAGGUUCUGCAUAGCAUAUGAGUACGUACAAGCUGAAAAUGUGAGGGAUAAUGCCAUUCAGAUGGUGGAAGAAAUAAAGGCCAAGAUUUUGGAUAUCGAUAAUAACACAGAAAAAAUGCGUGGAGAAGUGCAGGAGAUGGAAAAGAAAGUGUUAGAGCUCACUCAGGUGAAGGAAGCAAGUAUUGGUGGAGAGGUAAAACUUCUGUCAGACAAAGUCGAUGCUCUUUCUCGAGAGCUGGUUAAGGAAACCACUGUGCUUAAAAAUCAAGAGGAAAACAUCAUGAGUGAGAAGGACAAUGCUAGAAAGAUUGAGAGAGGUCUUGAAGAAUUAAACCAAUCUGCAGCGGAGAUGGCUGCUUCCGCAAAACAAGCUGAAGAUGGAGCAGCUGAUCUCAAGAAGAAAUUUGAAGAGCUAUCUAAGAGUUUGGAAGAUCAUGAGAAAGAGUACCAGGGCAUCUUAGCAGGUAAAAGCAAUGGAAAUGAUGAGAAAUGCCUUGAAGAUCAACUUGCUGAUGCCAAAGUAGCUGUUGGAAAGGCAGAGACAGAGCUGAAACAGUUGCAAACACAAAUUAGUCAUGGUGAGAAAGAGCUGAAGGAGAAAACUAAGCAGUUAUCGUCAAAGCAGGAAGAAGCAUUAGCAGUUGAGAGUGAGCUCAAUAGUAGGAAAAAUGACGUGGAAAAGGUUAAAAGGUCUUUAGAAUCUUUACCAUACAAAGAGGGAGAAAUGGAAGCAUUACAAAAGGACCGUGCAGCCGAGUUAGAAAUUGUGCAGCAGUUAAAGGAUGAAGUUCGAAUUCUUUCUUCGCAAUUGGCUAAUGUAGACUUUACGUACAAGGAUCCCACAGAAAACUUUGAUAGAACAAAGGUGAAAGGUGUGGUUGCAAAACUCAUCAAAGUGAAGGAUAGCUCCACAAUGACUGCCUUAGAGGUGGCUGCUGGUGGGAAAUUAUUUAAUGUCUUAGUUGACACAGAAGUUACUUCAAAGCAACUGCUGGAUAAGGGCAAACUUCAAAGGAGAGUGACAAUUAUUCCUCUCAAUAAAAUUCGAAGUAAUCCCAUCCCAGCAAGAGUUCGAAAUAAUGCUAUCAAAAUGGUUGGCCUGGGAAAUGCCGAAGUGGCUCUUUCGUUGGUUGGAUAUGAUGAAGAAUUGCAUAGUGCAAUGGAAUACGUAUUCGGUUCAACAUUUGUGUGCCAAACCAUUGAUUCUGCACGGGAGCUGGCUUUUAGUAAAGAGAUAAGAGCACCAAGUGUCACUCUUGAAGGAGAUAUUUUCCAGCCUAGUGGUCUUCUGACUGGUGGCAGCCGGAAGGGUGGUGGUCAAUUGUUGAAACAACUUCAUACAUUGGCAGAGGCUGAAUCAAAACUCUCGUAUCAUCAGAAGCGUCUAUCAGAUAUAGAAGCUCAGAUUAGAGAGCUUCUCCCCCUUGAAAGAAAGUUCAAAGACAUGAAGACGCAGUUAGAACUCAAGUCAUACGAUCUUUCAUUGUUCCAAACCAGGGCUGAGCAGAAUGAGCAUCAUAAGCUUGGUGAAUUAGUGAAGAAGAUUGAGCAAGAACUUGAGCAAGCGAACUCUGCAGCUAAAGAAAAGAAACAGUAUUAUGAAAAGUGUAUUGAUAAAGUUCAAUCUCUGGAAAAUUCAAUCCACCAUCAUGCUGGAAGCAGGGAGAAAAGGCUCAAGGAUUUAGAGAAGAGAAUCAAGGGAAUCAAAGCUGAAAUGCAAUCAGAUUCAAACACCCUCAAGGGGCACGAGAAUGAAAUGGAGAGGCUCAUGAUGGAGAUGGAAGCAGUUAGAAAGGAACAAACAUCGCUGGAGGGCCAAUUGGAUUCUUUGAAGAAGAUGAUAGACAAUCUUAACCUUGGAGUUGAUGCUCAAAAGAACAAGGUUGCUUCCCUGAGCAAUGAUCAUAAUCAGGCUGAAGCUGAGCUUCAGUUGGCCCGAACAAAGAUGAAGGAAUGCGAUUCACAGAUUUCUGGCAUUUUAAAGGAACAAGAGAAACUAAAACGAAAAAUCACAGAUGCAAACCUCGAAAAGAAGAGGAUGGAAAAUGAGAUGAAAAGCAUGGAAGUCGAUCAAAAGAAUUGUACAUUAAAAGUCCAAAAAUUGAUUGAGAAGAAUGCUUGGAUUGCAUCCGAGAAGCAACUUUUUGGAAGGACUGGGACAGAUUACGAUUUUGCAUCUAGGGAUCCUCUGAAGGAAAAGGAAAAUUUUCAGAAGUUACAGGAGGAAUUGUCUGGCCUUGAAAAAAGGGUCAAUAAAAAGGUCAUGGCAAUGUUUGAGAAGGCUGAAGACGAAUACAAUGACUUGAUAUCUAAAAAGAACAUUAUUGAGAAUGACAAAUCCAAAAUAAAGAUGGUCAUAGAAGAGCUUGAUGAAAAGAAGAAAGAAACACUUAAAGUCACUUGGGAUAAGGUUAACAGUGAUUUUGGAUCUAUAUUUUCAACUUUGUUACCGGGUACUAUGGCAAAACUUGAACCUCCUGAAGGUGGCAACUUCUUGGAUGGCCUAGAAGUUCGUGUUGCAUUUGGAAGUGUCUGGAAGCAGUCGCUGUCAGAGCUUAGUGGAGGACAAAGAUCCUUACUAGCACUUUCUCUCAUUUUGGCAUUGCUUCUUUUCAAACCAGCACCUUUAUACAUUUUGGAUGAGGUUGAUGCAGCUCUCGAUCUUAGUCACACGCAGAAUAUAGGACGAAUGAUAAAAUCUCACUUUCCACAUUCCCAGUUCAUUGUUGUUUCUUUAAAAGAAGGAAUGUUCAACAAUGCCAAUGUUCUUUUCCGCACAAAAUUUGUGGAUGGUGUCUCAACUGUUCAAAGAACGGUUGCAUCCAAGUCAAGCAAGUGAUGCCAACAACCUCUGGUAAGCACUAAUUUGACUUGACAAUUUGAGCAAAAGUUGUGAUCUUCUGUCCUAUGAGAUUGCUGCAUAGGCGUAUCUGAAAAUUAGUGUGUAGGAAUAACUACUUAACCGCUGAAGGGAAAGACAACCAUCCCAUAUUAUGUGUCAUUUUAUUUACAUCACUAUAUCACAUCAUCUGCUCUCCCAGUCUCUGUACUGAUUCACGCUCAACAAUCUUCGUGGAUGUCUAAAACCCUUACUCAUUAAUCAUCUUUUGAUGCUCUUUAUAUGUUUUGCCACCCUUACUCAUUAAUCAUCUCUUCUGCUUCCUUACAGUUGGC